GGGACCAAAAUGCCUUUUCCUCCUAACAACAACAAUAACAAACCAUUACUCAUUGCUGCUGCUGCUACACUUGCUUAAAGAUUCACACAGACCCACACCAGAGAGAGACCCAGAGAUAGAGAUAGAGAGAGAAAGAUAAGGAGAGAGAAUAGAUACAUAUAUAGAGAGAGAGAAAGGAAGAGCUGGGUUGGUUUCGGGUUUCGGGGCGGGAGGAAGGAUGGGUGGGGCGGUGGAGUAAGGGCUGAGCUGAGUAGGUAAGUUUAACAAAAGGGGCAUGGAAGUUGGUGGGCUGACGAUGCUCAGGCAGCUCAUCGGACAAAUUGAAGAGCUCUUUGAACUCUACGGUUCUCUUCCUCCCUCUCCUCCUCCUAAUUUCGUUUUCUCUUUUCCUCCACCACCGCCACCGCUUCCGCCUCCUCCGCCGUACCACCACCCUCAUCGUCAUCAUCGCAGCUGGUGCCUUUUGAAUUUCAAUGAUUCCUCUGUCACAGAUAACUGCUACAAUCUUAUAAUGACUGCCGGAAAAACCGAAAAUCUGAAAAUGUUAGAUCCAGGCAAGCCUCCACCUGCAAAGAAGGCUCGAAAGGAGCGAGCCCGGGGAAGACUGACUGAAAUUACUUGCAGUGAAAAUAUGGAGCAGAUUAUCUGGAAAGAAUUUCCAGAAGACCUCUUUGAUGCCGUUAUAGCCAGGCUCCCUAUCGCGACCUUUUUCCGUUUUCGGUCAGUCUGCAAGAAAUGGAACUCUUUGCUUUCUUCUCAAAGUUUCUCUCAGCAUUGUGCUGAAGUCCCCCCUGCUCAACCUUGGUUUUACACUAUCACACAUGAAAAUGUGAACACGGGCGCAAUGUAUGACCCAACAUCAAGGAAAUGGCACCACCCGACAGUUCCAGCAUUGCCAACUAAGCUUAUUGUGUUGCCAGUUGCUUCAGUGGGUGGCCUUGUAUGUUUCCUUGAUAUAGGGCACCGAAGUUUCUAUGUUUGCAACCCUCUGACGAGAUCUUUCCGGGAGCUGCCGGGUAGAUCCGUCAAGGUUUGGUCUCGUGUCGCUGUUGGCAUGACCCUAAAUGGGAAAUGCAUAAGUGGUGGUUAUAAAAUUCUUUGGGUCGGCUGUAAUGGGGAAUUCGAAGUGUAUGACUCCACUGGGAACAAUUGGACACGCCCCGGAAACAUGCCUUCUCAUAUUAAACUCCCACUUGCGCUCAAUUUUAGGUCACAGGCAGUGUCCAUUGGUACCACUCUUUACUUCAUGCGUUCGGAUCCUGAUGGGAUUGUGUCUUAUGAUAUGGUUUCUGGGAUUUGGAAGCAGUUCAUAAUUCCGGCCCCUCAACAUUUAAGUGACCACACACUUGCAGAGUCAGGGGGGAGGAUAAUGCUGGUCGGAUUGCUGACAAAAAAUGCUGCCACAUGUGUCUGCAUAUGGGAGCUGCAGAAGAUGACUCUGCUGUGGAAGGAGGUUGACAGAAUGCCAAACAUAUGGUGCUUGGACUUUUAUGGAAAGCACGUUAGGAUGACAUGCUUGGGUAACAAAGGUUUGCUCAUGUUAUCACUUAGGUCAAGACAAAUGAAUCGACUCGUUACUUAUGAUUUAUCAAGCAGGGAAUGGCUCAAGGUUCCUGGGUGUGUUCUACCCCGUGGCCGAAAAAGGCAGUGGAUCGCUUGUGGAACAGCGUUUCAUCCUUGUUUGACCGCUGUUGCUUGAUGUAUUAGUUUACUCCGGUAAGUUUGUUUUGAUCAACAUUUUCAAACUCAGGCUGUUUGAAUGGGCUGCAAUCUUUUUGCCAUUGCCAUAGUCUGCAGCCAAAUAUUUUCCACUUAAGUGAAGAUGUAAGUGAAUAACACUUAUCUCAAAUUGUUGUAUCUGUAUGAACAUCUAUUUAUCAACCCUUUUUUGAUAUUAAGCAAGCAAAUUCAGAACCCUGAAACCUUCAUAGUUUUAUAUUCAUCCUUCAUUUGAGCUGUAACAAUAUUUUGAGGAUUCCGGCAACUUCUGAUGAAUGUUAUUGAUGACC